CACACACACAAAUGCUGUGGCGAGGCAGACGCUCAGCAGCAGGAUGGAUCCUGACUACUAAAGAGAAGCGGAGAGCGAGGAGGGGGGCAGCCAGCUUGCAAAAGAGAGAGAAAGGAAAGCAGCAGCAGAGGUACAUAAAUUCUUAUUUCCAGAUCUGGAAGAAAGAGGCAUUCGCCGUCUGGGCAUUUCCAGAACAUCAAGAGGCAGUGCCGCGUAUCCAGCAGAGACGAGGAACCCGGUGAAGCGGAGAACCCCGGCUGUCAAACAGAGAGGUGGGCUGGGAGGGGGUCUAUGACCCUUGAUUUUCACCAGGGGAGUGGCACGGGGGGACGUAGCCAGCGACAAGCAUCAAACGGACGAUUCCGGUAGUCUUGCCAUUCACGAAUUUAUUCCAUGCCAUUGUCAUAGCGAUGUAAAGCCAUUCUCUGUGACUGGAGGAGGCAGGCUCCAAUCAGCUGCUGCAGCACAUAUGCUCCUCAAGCAAAACCUUUCUGUUGCAUUCUCAUUUCCACACUUUCUCUUUUCCAUCAGUGUAUUUUGAUUUGCCUUUCUCUUCACGCUUGUUGUUGUUGUUCUUCCAAAACGACAUCUGGACGUCAUCUGUGUUUUCACGUGACUUGGUCUUUUUGGAACUGUCAUCAGUUUUGGUUCUGCAUGGAAUAACAACUGCUUCAGAGAUCGGAGGAAAGGUUAAAGAGGGGCUACGCCAAGUCAGUGUGGAUUAUGGGAAGCUGCCACUAACUAGAAAGCUCCUUGAGAAAUUGUAAGGAUUGUUUGUCCUCGCUUCGAGCUGUUGUUUUCUUGCACACUUUAAAGUAAGAGUUUUUUUCUUUAUCCCAAGCAUUAAAAGGAUACGACCCGCAAAUGACAGCCAUGAAGGGAGACUCGGAAGACAGCAUUGAGAGUACCAAGCCAUCCAAUCUCCAAACAUUUGCCAACAGUUCCACAUUACAUGGCAUGAGCCACAUUUUCGCCUACGGGCACAUGACUUUCCGUCGUUUUCUCUGGACGUUGUCGUUUUUGGGCUCCUUGGGGCUGCUGUUGUUCGUCUGCAUGGACCGAGUUUACUACUACUUUGAGUUUCCCCAUGUCACCAAACUUGACGAGGUUGCAGCGCCCAAUCUCACCUUUCCAGCCAUUACCUUCUGCAACCUCAAUGAGUUUCGCUUCUCGAAGAUCACAAAAAAUGAUCUGUACCACGUCGGAGAGUUGCUGGCUCUUCUCAACGACAAGCAUCAGAUAGCUAACCCACAUCUGGCCGAGCCUGACGUCCUCGCUAUGCUGAUGGAGAAGGCUAAUUUUGUCAACUUCAAACCCAAGUCGUUCAACAUGACGGAUUUCUACAACCGUACGGGUCAUGAUAUCAGUGACAUGCUCUUACAGUGUACCUUUAGAGGGGAUCCAUGCUUGCCUCAAAACUUCUCAACAAUUUACACUAGAUAUGGGAAAUGCUACACGUUCAACUCGGGUCUGGAUGGAAACCCCUUACUGACGACUUUAAAAGGCGGAACGGGGAACGGGCUGGAAAUUAUGUUGGAUAUUCAACAGGAUGAGUAUCUGCCUGUGUGGGGCGACACAGAUGAAACGUCGUAUGAAGCUGGCAUCAAAGUUCAAAUCCACAGCCAGGAUGAGCCGCCCUUCAUAGAUCAACUGGGGUUCGGUGUGGCGCCUGGUUUCCAAACCUUCGUGUCCUGUCAGCAGCAACUGCUCCAGUAUCUUCCACCUCCGUGGGGCGACUGCAGAUCCUCCGCCAUGGAAUCGGAGUAUUUCUCCACCUACAGUAUCACAGGCUGUCGCAUCGAUUGCGAGACUCGUUACCUGCUAGAAAACUGCAACUGCAGGAUGGUGCAUAUGCCAGGCACGUCUACGGUCUGCACACCAGAGCAGUAUAAAGACUGUGCUGAUCCUGCUUUAGAUUUUCUGGUGGAGAAGGACAACAAUUAUUGUGUUUGUGACACACCCUGCAACAUGACGCGUUACGGUAAAGAGCUUUCCAUGGUGAAAAUACCCAGCAAGGCCUCCGCCAAGUAUCUCGCCAAGAAGUUCAACAAAACAGAACAGUAUAUCGGGGACAACAUAUUAGUGCUGGAUAUCUUCUUUGAGGCUCUGAACUAUGAGAAAAUCGAACAGAAAAAAGCAUAUGAAGUUGCUGGAUUACUUGGUGAUAUCGGUGGACAGAUGGGUCUGUUUAUAGGGGCCAGCGUCUUGACAAUACUGGAGAUAUUUGAUUACUUGUAUGAGGUUUUUAAGGACAAAGUCCUGGGUUAUUUUCUGCGUAAGAGACGGCCGCAUCGGAGCGCGAGUGAUAAUCUGGAUUUCCCCGAGAUUUCCACCAGCCCUGGUGUCACGCCUAACCAUGCCCCCAGCUUGCAAGAUGGAGAUGAUGUUUUGCACAAGUUCAGAGCACAUGUGACACACUCCGGAGUCACUCGGACAGUCUUGGAUUCGCGCCGAACGUCCUACCUAGUCACCCGGCUAUAGGCAACUUCGAGGAAUUCGCUUGUUGAUGACGCAAAAGGCGCGACCCGUUUGGGAUUCGACGGAAAACUGUGAAAUAUCUGAUAGACUCCAAACCAAGUGUAAGUCCACGAAAAUGUACAUGUUAAUGGUAAAAAACUCCUGAAUAGAAAAUGUUAUAACAAAUCAUCAUAGUAACACAAGUACAAAUAGGUAACACUUCCAAAACAAAACUCAGGUUUUAUUAACAUUACAGCCACUGUUUGUUCGAAAUGUGAUUAUCCUGGUAAAAAUCAUACAAUUUUCUUUCAAACAAUUAUAAAACGUACAAAUGCUGUUAUGUCAUUCAGAAAGGUAUUUUGUGCAGCCUGAUCUCAUGAGAAUUCGUACGUAUUUUACGAGUUGGCGAAUUCGUACGACGUGAAUCGUACGUUGAGAAUUCGUACGUAUUUUAUGAGUUGGCGAAUUCGUACGACGUGAAUCGUACGUUUCCGUACGACGCGAAUCGUUCGUACGUUUCCGUACGACGCGAAUCGUUCGUACGUUUCCGUACGACGCGAAUCGUUCGUACGUUUCCGUACGACGCGAAUCGUUCGUACGUUUCCGUACGACGCGAAUCGUUCGUACGUUUCCGUACGACGCGAAUCGUUCGUACGUUUCCGUACGACGCGAAUCGUUCGUACGUUUCCGUACGACGUGAAUCGUACAAAAACGUACGAAUAGCAUAAAAACAAUAACGAAACUCUGCCCCUAAGCCCAACACCACAGGGGCAAAAGCAAAUCGUACAAAAAUGUACAAGUGUGAUCGUACGAAUGAGCCGCCUCAUAAAACUGGUGCGAAUUGCCAUAAGAUAACGGUGAUUUUGUGAUGUAAUUGAAUACUGUAUGAACACUGUGGGCCUAAUUUCAUCAAGCCGCCUUAAAUCUCAAAAAAAGAAAGCAUUUUAAUAUUGUGCACAAUUGUUCGAUUCAGUUCAGUUUAAUUCGGCCAAGGUGCAAAAUUACUUUGGCACUUUUUUGUACAAUAACUAUCAGAGCUUUAACUGAGAAAUUGCUGCGGUUUGACUGAAUUUAGCCCCUUGAUUGUAAUAGACAACGUGUAAUCAUUUAGAUUGUUUGUCUUUGUUCAUAUUUUGUGUAUAUACAGUAAGUGCAAUAAUAUGCAUAAUGUGUUAACGAAAACCAUAUAUUACCUUAAUUAUUAGCUGUCAGGUAAACAAAGGAACAAAACGCUUUCGAUACAACCUAAGUUACCAGCAAUUUGCUUUUCUUAGUGUUUCAACAUCCACUAGACGGUGUCAGGUUGAAACGUUGUUAAAUAAUAUUUAGAUAUACAGAUCAUCUGUUUUAUAAGUGUAAUGUUCAAAUUAAAGCUUCACUGUCAGAUCCAAAGCUAAAAUUAUCCAAACUCAUAUACAUGCGUAGAAUGCAAUGAAUGAAUCUGUUAAGUAGUUGCUGGGGUUUAAUGAGAGCUAAUUCAUUAUUUCAAGUGGCAAAGACUGUAAACAACAACACGUUGAUGUGAAAAUUAAAUCAACUCUAAGAAAUCGCAUACUCAUAUUAGCAUAGCUUGAGCUGCUCAUUCUGCCAGAUGUGUUUUUAUUUUAGGUGGUGCUUUACAAUUCGGUGUAAAGCAGAUUUUUGGAAAUUUCAGGAAGGUCGAUACAUAACGUGAGCAUUACUUGUUUUAUUUCCAUUUUAUGUACGGAUGCGCCUGUAAGUUAAGGUGAUAAAGGUGUCUUCCCUGUCUCGCAUGAACCUGCUGACCGCACAACACGCAGUGGCCUCAAAACAUAUGUAAAACAUUCACUAUGUCACAAUAUAUGAAUGAAUGUUAUGGUGGUAAAACUUUACAAUAAGGUUGUAUUUGUUAACAUUUGUAAAUGCAUCAGCUAACAUGAACUUAAUGGUUUUUUUAUGGAUUUUGUUUUUGUUUGUUUGUUGAUCACAAAGUACAAAGUAGAUGUGGAAAACUAGGAUUUCGUGUGUAUUCAAAGUGCCGCCAUUGUUGUUUACAACUUUUUUGAAUGGUGCGCUGUGAUUGGUUAAGUGGAUUUAUUGCAUUUUGCAGAGAGGGCGGACUGGUGUUUGUCGAGGUUUGGAAAAAUUUGGUGUUAUUGACAGAAUAACACAGCGGGUACCGGAUUUUGUGUAAAAUGAAGAAUUUACUUUUUAAUACUAACCUGAUUUAUCACGUUUUGGAACCUAACUUUUCAAAUACAACCUUAUUGUAAAGUGUUACUGUUGCAUUAGAUGAUAAAAUAUCAAAGUGGCAUCUAUUUUAAAGAAAGUUAGCACAAGCACAUUUUUCAAGCAAAAUAUUUCACAAAAAGACGUUUUGUGGCUUCAUAAGGGGCAAUUCACAUAUCGCGUCUUUUGCGCGCUCAAGUUCGUUAUUUGAAAUGUAGGCACGCAGUAUGCACGCUUAUAAUGAAAGCGACAUGCUCGCAACACGCACGCAGUUCGAUACGCUCGUUUUUUCUAGAUGCGUCAGCACCGCAUCGAGUUAAAAACAUUUCAACUUUCUAGAAUGCCGCAAGCGCACCGCAGGUCAUGUGACAAGAACCAACAGACGCGAAACGUGAACCGCCCCUAAAACUAGCUGUAGGGUAAUGCUAGUGGAUCAUGUUCGUACUUAACUAUGUAGUUAACACUUCCUCUAAAAUUGAAUUUGACGCCAUUUGGUUAAAAGCUACUACAAGAAUGAAAUGUAGUUGUAAUUAGGUUAGCACAAUGAGUCAAAUUCCCAUCCGAUUAUUUUCGCACGUUAAAAAAUAAAUACAACCUCACGUUGUGUCAAACAAAUGUACACGCUGCCCCUGAAACAUUAGUCAAAUUCAGAUCGUGUUCAAAUUGUUUUCGCAUUUUUCACACCGUAGCAAACAUUUUAAGAGGAGCCACCAUACUCCAUUUGUAUUGUUCAUAAGGGGCAAUUCACAUAUCGCGUCUUUUGUGCGCUCAAGUUCGUUAUUUCAAAUGUAGGCACGCAGUAUGCACGCUUAUAAUGAAAGCGACGUGCUCGCAACACGCGCGUCCGCACCGCAUCGAGUUAAAAACAUUUCAACUUUCUAGAAUGCCGCAAGCGCACCGCAGGUCAUGUGACAAGAACCAACAGACGGUCGUGUUUUCCGCGCGGAUUUAGACGCGAAACGUGAACCGCCCCUAAAACUAGCUGUAGGGUAAUGCUAGUGGAUCAUGUACGUAGUUAACACUUCCUCAAAUAUUGAAUUUGACGCCAUUUGGUAAAAAGCAACUACAAGAAUGAAAUGUAGUUGUAAUUAGGUUAGCACAGUGAGUCCAAAAUUCCCAUCCGAUUAUUUUCGCACGUUAAAAAAUAAAUAAAACCUCACGUUGUGUCAAACAAAUGUACACACUGCCCCUGAAACAUUAGUCAAAUUCAGAUCGUGUUCAAAUUGUUUUCGCAUUUUUCACACCGUAGCAAACAUUUUAAGAGGAGCCACCAUACUCCAUUUGUAUUGUUCAUAAGGGGCAAUUCACAUAUCGCGUCUUUUGUGCGCUCAAGUUCAUUAUUUCAAAUGUAGGCACGCAGUAUGCACGCUUAUAAUGAAAGCGACGUGCUUGCAACACGCGUGUCCGCACCGCAUCGAGUUAAAAACAUUUCUACUUUCUAGAAUGCCGCAAGCGCACCGCAGGUCAUGUGACAAGAACCAACAGACCGUCGUGUUUUACGCGCGGAUUUAGCCGUGAAACGUGAACCGUAAAACUAGCUGUAGGGUAAUAGUAGUGGAUCAUGUACGUAGUUAACACUUCCUCUAAAAUGUAAUUUGACGCCAUUUGGUUAAAAGCUACUACAAGAAUGAAAUGUAGUUGUAAUUAGGUUAGCACAAUGAGUCAAAUUCCCGUCCGAUUAUUUUCGCACGUUAAAAAAUAAAUACAACCUCACGUUGUGUCAAACAAAUGUACACUCUGCCCCUGAAACAUUAGUCAAAUUCAGAUCGUGUUCAAAUUGUUUUCGCAUUUUUCACACCGUAGCAAACAUUUUAAGAGGAGCCACCAUACUCCAUUUGUAUUGUUCAUAAGGGGCAAUUCACAUAUCGCGUCUUUUGUGCGCUCAAGUUCGUUAUUUCAAAUCUAGGCGGGCAGUAUGCACGCUUAUAAUGAAAGCGACGUGCUCGCAACACGCACGCGGUUCGAUGCGCUCGUUUUUUCCAGACGCGUUCGCACCGCAUCGAGUUAAAAACAUUUCAACUUUCUAGAAUGCCGCAAGCGCACCACAGGUCAUGUGACAAGAACCAACAGACGGUCGUGUUUUCCGCGCGGAUUUAGACGCGAAACGUGAACCGCCCCUAAAACUAGCUGUAGGGUAAUGCUAGUGGAUCGUUAACACUUCCUCAAAAAUUUUAUUUGACGCCAUUUGGUUAAAAGCAACUACAAGAAUGAAAUGUAGUUGUAAUUAGGUUAGCACAAUGAGUCAAAUUCCCGUCCGAUUAUUUUCGCACGUUAAAAAAUAAAUACAAACUCACGUUGUGUCAAUCAAAUGUACACACUGCCCCUGAAACAUUAGUCAAAUUCAGAUCGUGUUCAAAUUGUUUUCGCAUUUUUCACACCGUAGCAAACAUUUUAAGAGGAGCCACCAUACUCCAUUUGUAUUGUUCAUAAGGGGCAAUUCACAUAUCGCGUCUUUUGUGCGCUCAAGUUCGAUAUUUAAAAUGUAGGCGGGUUGUAUGCACGUUUAUAAUGAAAGCGACGUGCUCGCAACACGCGUGUCCGCACCGCAUCGAGUUAAAAACAUUUCUACUUUCUAGAAUGCCGCAAGCGCACCGCAGGUCAUGUGACAAGAACCAACAGACCGUCGGGUUUUCCGCGCAGAUUAGACGCGAAUGGUGAACCGCCCCUAACACUAGCUGUAAGGUAAUGCUAGUGGAUCAUGUUCAUAGUUAACUACGUAGUUAACACUUCCUCUCAAAUUGAAUUUGAUGCCAUUUGGUUAAAAGCAACUACAAGAAUGAAAUGUAGAUGUAAUUAGGUUAGCACAAUGAGUCAAAUUCCCGCACGUUAAAAAAUAAAUACAACUCACACUGUGUCAAACAAAUGUACACUCUGCCCCUGAAACAUUAGUCAAAUUCAGAUCGUGUUCAAAUUGUUUUCGCAUUUUUCACACCGUAGUAAACAUUUUAAGAGGAGCCACCAUACUCCAUUUGUAUUGUUCAUAAGGGGCAAUUCACAUAUCUCGUCUUUUGUGCGCUCAAGUUCAUUAUUUCAAAUGUAGGCACGCAGUAUGCACGCUUAUAAUGAAAGCGACGUGCUUGCAACACGCGCGUCCGCACCGCAUCGAGUUAAAAACAUUUCUACUUUCUAGAAUGCCGCAAGCGCACCGCAGGUCAUGUGACAAGAACCAACAGACCGUCGUGUUUUCCGCGCGGAUUUAGCCGUGAAACGUGAACCGUAAAACUAGCUGUAGGGUAAUAGUAGUGGAUCAUGUACUUAACUAUGUAGUUAACACUUCCUCUAAAAUUGAAUUUGACGCCAUUUGGUUGAAAGCAACUACAAGAAUGAAAUGUAGUUGUAAUUAGGUUAGCACAAUGAGUCAAAUUCCCGUCCGAUUAUUUUCGCACGUUAAAAAAUAAAUACAACCUCACGUUGUGUCAAUCAAAUGUACACACUGCCCCUGAAACAUUAGUCAAAAUCAGAUCGUGUUAAAUUUUUGUUUUUGCAUUUUUCACACCGUAACAAACAUUUUAAGAGGAGCCACCAUACUGCAUUUGUAUUGUUUCGCAAUUUAUUUUUUCGAAAAACAAAUGAAUUAUAAUAUGUAUCAAACUCUGUGUGCGCACAUUUUUAAAAUGACAAAUACGAAAAAUGCAUACAAUUGUUUUUUUGCACAAUCAGUGUGCAAAUAUCUUAAAUCUCCAACAUCGUUUGUUUACAUGCGUCACUUUGAUAUUUUGUAAUCUAAUGCGAUGACAUUGAAAUAUGUGUGAUCUAAGUGUCCAGAUCUGUCUUGGAUCGAUUGUAGCUUUGCUUCACUACACUACAUUGCAUUGCAUUGCAUUAUGGUUAAAGGCUUGUAGAAGAAAACCUCAAUCUUCCAUAAACGUCUUUUAUUUGCAUUCAGCUACACUGUAUUGUAUCGUUUUAUAUCAAUUAAAGUGGGAUUUCUAGUACAGGUAUCACUAUUUUAAACCAGAGUUACAUGUAAAUUAUCCAGUAUAAUAAACAAUAUAUUUAACCAUCUCUUAA